AGACACCUUGGAAAGAACCUUCCACACAACAUCAGCCAUCAUAUCCCCCUAAUCCUAACAGCCCAUCAGCAAGCCAGACGACGACGACGAGAAAGGGGAAAGUGUCGCAGACCCUCCGAAAUAGUGAAAAAGGAAGCGAAGCGGUCACGAACGGCAGUUUUUGACAGAUUUUUCCGUGUUUGUAAACAGUUUGAAAAUCGAUAUCCUCGUUUCGGGACAAUACUUCCGGCCGACGGGCGAAGAAUUUCAUGUGAAAUAUUUUCGUGUGUCGCAAGAAGCUGCUGCCGUAGCCAACAAUUUAUUCGCGGCGGUGGUGAGAGGUGGAAACAGCAUAGUAGGCAUCGAGGAGUGCUGGUCGCUGAUGGGAAAAUAGUGAACGCAGCUCACUUAGAUGUGAAGUUUUUUUUUUGUGUUUCUUGAGGAGUUGGCUUCGCUUUCUCGAGCAUAGCGAUUUCGUCGAAGCUAGCGGAGUAGGCGGGGGAAGGAGAACCUUGAGAGCCUCGCGUUUUUGUGUGUUCCUCCAUCCCACAUCUCUUCUUCGUUGUCGCAGCAGCAGUUGUCAUAAUUUCCAAGGCAUUGGUGUUUUGUGUGGCACAAACGAGACUUACGCGAUUCGGGUCGUGAAAGGGCAUCGACCGAAGGUGGUCAUACCGACGGAACGACCGCCGGGUGCCAGUGGAAGAUUUGAUGACUGCCCUGGUUGCACCUGGGAACUAAACGGAGCAGCGCUUGGAUCCGAAUUCAAGGGGUGAACUCGGUAGCAGGGACCUUCCCGGAAACGGAAGACGAUGGAACAACUGCAGAUUCAAGCGACGGAGCUACCGUUCUGUCGGCUUUGCUUCACCCAGGGCGUCGAACUGUAUGAGAUCUUCCCGGGUGCCGCCAACGACAACGAAUCUCUGCUCAUAAAGAUUAUGGACUGCGUGACCGUGGCCAUAACGUUCGAUGAUGACUACAAUUCGUACAUCUGCGCCAAAUGUGUCACAACAAUCGAAGAAUUUUACGAAUACAAGGAAAAAUGCAAGGAAAAUGACACGCUUCUGCGCGAGAAGCGGAAAACUGUCGACCAGACCGCGAUCUACAACGUGGUCAACAUGCAACCGGAGGAAGAGAUCGUAACCGCCAACGGGAGCAAUGGUGCCGUCCAGGAAUUGGCAAUCGACGACCAGCAGAUGGGCCUUGAGCACCGUAUCAGUAUAGAGGGAGGAGCCCCCCUGAACGGCAACAUUAUCGAGUUUAAGAAGCAGCUGUUCACCGCCUCCCCAGAACAGCUGGGCAUUUGGAUUUGCGUAGCUUCCGGCAGUGACAUCCAGUGUCCUGCCAUGAUCCAGGUCGACGAAAACGUUCAGGUCGUAGCAGAGAUCGGGCAACACAAUCACGGACUUCCAGUAUCGGUAACGGAUAAUCCUCCACAGGAGUCGAAAUCCCAGUUGGCUCCCCCGCAGCCCCAGCCGCAGCCUCCACAGCAGCAACAGCAAGUGGCUCAGGCUCCAGCACAACAAACUAUUGUUACUGGGCCUCCAAAGCCUGCCGUCGUGGCCAGUACCAGCACCCCAGCUCCCAGUGGUGCCAGCAAGAAGCGCAAAGCAAAGGACCAGCCCAGUAAGAGGAAAAUUUCCAACGACAUUCUUGUCGGGGACGGGUGGCUGGUAGACGUUGAAAGCCAGCAACGCCAUCACUAUCAGUUGGUCACGAAGGACGGUUAUCAAACGUUCCUGAUUUUCAAUGGGUAUCGUUUCCGCACCCAGCAGAAGAUUCGUAAUGGUAUUGCUUCAUGGAAAUGCGCCUGGAAUGGGCGCAAAGGAUGCCAGGCGGUGCUGCACAUCACCGAGGACUACCAGAAGGUGAAAGAGGUCGGCAAUCCGCACAACCACGAACCAUCGUUGCGUGACCGGAUGAUUUGCGGUGCGAAACCGACCAACGGUAGUGACGCCAUCCUGCUUGCCUCCGACGGGGAGGAAAGCUUGCAUGCAGGGGCUGAAUUGCAGCAAAUUACCAUCGCUGCGACCGUCGGUGGACACGGAACCACAAGUGGCAGCAGCAACAGUUCGACCCUAGGCAGUGCCGUCACGGCCACGGUAACCGGAGGAGGCGGUGCGCACAGUUCCACCGUCGUCACGAGCAACUCGUUAGCGAAUCUCGAUGUGGUCACCACGUCGUCCGUCAGCCACGGUUCGUCGCUGGAGCACCUGUCCACGUCGGAGAUCGUGGAUUUCGUCCAGCAGAGCAGCAGCGGCAGCGAUCAGCUGGUGACCACCGUCGUGGAUGCCGAUUCGCAUCACGCGGCCGUCGUCGGGGGUGUCGGAUCCGUCGUCAGCGUAGUGGAGGACGAUGUUGGCAAGGAUGACACCGGCAUGUCGAUGGACAUCGAGGAAAUCAUACGCCCGCACGUGGUCCUGCACUCGACUAACGAAUGAACUUAAACUGAGAAGCAACAUUUACUAAUAGAAUCAGAAUGUCACGACACAGAUGGACGGAAACUUCGCCAGUGCGGAAAUUCUCAACCCUAAAAUAUAUAUUUUUAAAUUGUGUAGCAUUGUAAGCGCUGGAUCCUAGGGGUUUUAAGCAAGAAGACUAGUUUUUAAGAACUACGAUUUAAGCUAAGCAUUAGGAGUCGGACAACAGUAUAAGUAUGAACGUAGCCAGUAAGUACUACAUAAUAAGCCUCAUUGUGUAAAUUGCCAAACUUAAUAAAUAGUAAUAAACAGCAAAAA